CCUUAUGAAUGUAACCAUUGUGGUAAAGCCUUUGCAUGUAACAGUAGUCUCCAAAUACAUAAAAGAACUCACACUGGAGAGAAACCUUAUGAGUGUAACCAAUGUGGUAAAGCUUUUGCACGUAACAGCAUUCUCCAAAUACAUAAAAGAACUCACACUGGAGAGAAACCUUAUGAAUGUAAUCAGUGUGGUAAAGCCUUUUCAUGUAACAGUACUCUCCUGCUACAUAAAAGAACUCACAGUGGAGAGAAACCUUAUGAAUGUAACCAUUGUGGUAAAGCAUUUACACAUAAGGGUAAUCUCCUAAAACAUAAGAGAAUGCACACUGGAGAGAAACCUUAUGAAUGCAACCAGUGUGGUAAAGCCUUUGCACAGAAUAGUCAUCUGGUAGCACAUGAAAGAACUCACACUGGAGAGAAAUCUUUUGAAUGUACCCAAUGUGAUAAAGUCUAUGCAUUUCCCGAAUCGUCUCUAAAGACAAAAUGAACACAUCCUGGAGAACAACCUUAUGAAUAUAAGCAGUGUGGAAUCACCUUUGUACAACACAGUCAUUUCCUAAUACAUAAAAAUCCAUGUUGCAGAAAAUCCUUAUGAAUAUUGUCAAUGUCCUAAAGUCUUUUCAUGUAAGAGUCAUCUUGAACAAGAACACUUUCUGGAGUGAAACCCUAUGAAUGUAACCAAUGUGUUAAAACCUUUGUAUGCCAUAAUAAUCUGCAUGCACAUAGAAGAAUGCACACUGGAAAUUGUAUGAAUGUAACCAAUGUGAUAAAGUAUUUUGACAGGAUAGUAAUUUCCUAUAACAUGAAGACAUACUGG